UUCAAGAAAAAGCCUCUUCAGUGCUACGUGGUAGACUUGUUUUUGUCACCACUGUGCAAAGCCCUGGUUAGGGCUACAUCAUUAACAGCCGGAGGGGGAAUGUGCUGUAUCUUUGUCUACAGUGGGUCUAUAAAAGGAAGGAGAGGAAAGUGCCAACUCACCUCCACCUCCUGAGGACCCAGGUGCAGGUGUUUUUGCUUUUUGUUUAGAAAAUGUUUGCAUUCCUGAUUUGCAUCUUGACACUGCAUCAAGUGCAGUCCACCUCUGUUGUGCAAGACAUUUGCCCAGGAAACACAGCGGUUCAGGCUGAGAUCGUUGGCCGGCACAAUGCCUUCAGGAGAGCGGUUCAGCCGUCGGCCUCUGACAUGCUGAUAAUGAACUACAGUCAGGAGGUAGCAGUCAGUGCUCAGGCCUGGGUUGACAAAUGUAUUCUGGCUCAUGGAGCCCCCAGCACCCGCAUGCUUAAUGGAUAUGAAUUAGGUGAGAAUCUGUUCUAUUCAUCCUCACCUUACUCAUGGACGGACGUCAUCAAUGCCUGGCACAGUGAGGUGUCACACUACCAGUAUCCCAAUGGAUCCACCAACAGCCAAGCUAUCGGUCACUACACACAGGUGGUGUGGAAUAGCUCCUACAGAGUUGGAUGUGGAAUGAAACUGUGCCCUAACAACAUCUAUUUCUAUGGCUGCCACUAUUACCGAGCAGGAAACUUCAGGGGAUGGCCGCCUUAUAAGGCUGGACCCCCAUGUGCUUCCUGUCCCAAUGCCUGUGAAGACAAACUCUGCACCAACCCUUGUCCUUACAUAAACAAGUACAUCAACUGUCCAACCUUGAAAGACACGACUGGAUGCAGGAAUAAGCUAGUGUCCGCCUGGUGUCCUGCUUCAUGCAAAUGCACCAGUGAAAUCAUUCCAAUUGCUUAAAGAUAAACCCUCCAGGCUACAAACUUUUUGUACUUUGACUUAAACUUUUCACACUAUGCACAUCUUUUUUGGGUUCUCUGUCUGUGAAGUAAGCUUUAGAACUGAUUUUUUAAAGUUAUCUCUAAUCAAAACCCUUCAUUUCACCAGAGAAAACAUCCACAUUGUUGCAUGCACUUCAUGUUGGAUUUCAAAUGUAAAUUUUAUACAUAAGCCUUAUGAAUUUUCAUUACAUAUAUAGUGCGAGUACAAAUACACAUGCUGUACUUUAAAAGCCACUCAAAUCAAAAUUGAAAGAAAAAAUGUUUCACUUUACAUAUAUACACUCAGAUAGAUUUUCUACAUCAAAACUUGAAUCAAUAUAUAUAUAUAUAUAUAUAUUUUUUUUUUUAAUAUAUGUCAUUGUUAUAACCAUUUGUGUGGUGAAGUAUGGAAGAAAAAAACAAAAAAACAGUGUGUUUACACUGCUUGGAGACCAUACUCUGAUGUUAACAAAUGUUGACCAGGGUUGACAGAUUGCACCCGACUGACUGUCAGUCCCACGGCGAUCUAACAUCAUCACUUAGGUAAAAUAAAGAAACAUAUUUGCAUAUUUUUUGCUUUAUGUACACCAAAGGCAAUAAGAUAAAUCAACUUCAAUCACCAGAUGAACCACCUGAUGCUCAUCUUUGCUUCAGUGUGUAAAUGUUACAAAUUCCUGCUUUGACUGGCCAACAACUUGUUCAGUGUUAAAGCUGCACUAAUCAAUAUUUUUGUAUUAAAAAUGGACCGAAUGACUAUGUGUAAUGUGAAAGGAAUUGCUCAUACUGACAAAACCUCAGAGAAUCAUCAACCGACUCUGCAGUUUCCCUCAGCAGAUCACCAGAUCUAUCUGGUUAAUGUCUUUCAGCUCAUUCUUUUGGUUUAACUUUACUGUUUUGGUUCACUGUGACCGCUCCCCUGAACCUGAUCUCCAGCAACAGCAGGCAGCUGAAGAUAGCUCUGAUGAACCCACUGUACACUCGCUUCAGAGCACCAAAUGGCAGAGGGAUAAAGUUAGGUACUAGCAGAUGAACAUAGUGCAGCAUUUAGCAGCUAAAAAGACAGCUACUUUUCUCAGGAGUUGAUGGAGACCAUUAUUGGACCUAAAUUCAAUAUUGGACUAAUUUUGGACUUAAUCUCCCAAUGAAUGCUAAUGUUGCCAUGUUAAAUAGGCAAUUAUUUGUUAACUGUUGUUUUUAUAGCUUGUUGCACUGCCACCAAGACUGUCAGCUGAACACCAGCAACUUAGCCAGGGUGAGCGGUUGGGACUGCCAGUGCUGUGGUAAUGACUGCUUAUUGACUAGUGCAGCAGCUAACAGUAGCCAGUGGUGAAUGUCUGUCGCUAUAAAGUUCAACAGACAGCUAGCCAAUUGUCUAAAAUUGUACAGUCCUAAUGAAGUGGUAAGUUAAAACUAGAGUCUAAACAUUUUUACACAAAUUCUAGCAAAGAUGACAAAGCACUGACAGCCACGACACUGUCAACCAGAACAGGUGCAGCCAGACAAAAAAAUAAAUAAAUAAAAAAAAAAAACCCUGAUUCACCUCUCUCAAAGGCAAAGCACACAGAGCGUCUCCCGGUAAAUGUGCCAUUUUUAGUGUUAAUCAUCCUCUGGCACACAGAUUGAGAGGGAAACUGUUUUAGUGCAGUGACUUGCAUAACAGUUGCCAACAGAAAGGUUGGUGCCAACUCCUCUGUGACAGCCAGAGCUGGGCCAAGUCUUUCUGCGACCCUAAACACACACAUAACACCACACCACCGUGCCCCAUCUUCAAUAUUAUUAUAAGUGAUAUCAAAGAUAAGAGAUUUCUUGAUCAAGGAGACAUACUUCGAGAACUCAUAACCUUUCCCUUAACAUCACUCGACUUUCACACGUUUGGACUGCUUAGUCUUCCUGCUGGUAGGACGUACAAUUUGACGACAACAAAAUCCACCAAGAUUUUUUUUUGAUACUGCAGGCGAUGAGCAUACAGCUACAUCUACAGCUACCUUCGUACAUACUGAUGUAAGACAUCAAUGAUGCACGAAAUCAUGCAGGGCAAAUAUCAUCAAAACACUCGUAUCUUCACCAGCUUGGAUUACUUCCUGUUAAGACCUAUUAAACUAUUGAAAAGCAAUAUGCCAUGUCACUGUGUCACUAAACAGGCUAGCCCUAGAUCAGUGGUUCGCAGGGUGAGGGUCGCAAGAUAAAUCUAAUAUGGUUAACUGGUCAGGAACCACAAAACAACUAAACAAAACACGGAUAUCUGCUACAGAAAGUCAUCUUCUUGUUUGUCUUCUCGAAUUAUUGGGUAAUUUAACCUCUUUGGUUGAUGUUUUCACAACCAGAAGACAUGCAGCAUGCACUGCUUUGUAUACCAGCAGAUGGCUCUGUUGCACAACUCACCUGAGCUGCUUCUGUAUUCCACAAUAUUUAGUUUCUCUGCCUUCAUCCGAACCAUUGGCCUGUGAAUAAAAUGCAUCAAAUAAUGUAGAAUAGUGUGUCUCAUCACUCACUCUUGGUGUCUCCUAUGCAGGAAGCUAUAAUUUAAGCCUUUAUCAACUACAUGUAAGACAGGUGUUGCACCAUGUGUGACUGAUAUGUCAAAGACCUUGGUCAUCUCCAAGAACUGAUGAUUUGUGAUGACUUAGUUUGUUCACAUAGGAUACAGUGAGGCUUUAUUUUCACAAGAAAUCUGAUGCAACAGCACAAGGGGCUGUUAGGGCUAUUGCUUCACCACUGAGAUUAGUCCACCGUCUCUAUGCACUGUCCACAUAAAGAGGAAGACCUGACACAAAAUGUGACUCUAAACAGAAAAAAAUUGUCAUGUGAGCCUUUUAUGGGAGAUAACUGCUGUCCUUGAGGGAUGCUAUAUGUAGCCUCUGAAUACAGCUGACAUCAAUAGCGGCAAUAGCAUUACUACAGAAGAGGAAAAAUAUAAAAGCUGAUCGCAGAAUGAUGUUUUUCAAGCACUCUUAUCUUCAAGGGUACCUUAAGUUUCCUGGACAAAGCCUACUACAUGUGAAAAUGAUUGAGUUGUUGGCGUCUUUUAGUAUUUAUAACAUCUUUCGCGUAGGCUAUUUGUGGAACAUGUUCAGGG